AUGUGGCCAGUGGAAAGGCUGACAACCCUCGCCCCGAAGGGACAAGCUGCUAUCACCAACCAGCCUGGGACUUCAGAGCCCCUCCAGCGAAUAUCAUCUUCCCUGAAAGAUGGUUACAUUGGGAAAAGAGGAAUACAAGGACCCCCAGGAAGACCUGGACAGCAAGGACCAAAGGGAGAAGAAAUGGCAGCCAAGGAGAGGAUCCUGCAAGUACAAGGUGGCUGUGGCCGCAUCCAGGUUCAGGACCCCGCUGUGUCCCAGGAGGAGCAUCAGGCUGCAGAGGAGGGGAGAGCUGCCAACAUGUGGAGCGCACGGGGGCCCAUCUCGGUGUUUGUGAUGCUGGUUGUUGCUGCUGUGCAUGCGGGAGUAAAGGUUACCCCAGCUGUGAAGUACAUGAAGACGAAGCCCUUACAGCUGGCGGGUGACGGUGCCUCUCACACCCCCCUCACCCCCCCUGCGGGGAAAAGCCCGUUCCCAGCAGCACCAGGCAGAGCCGAAUUACCCACCCCGAGCCCCGCGGCCCGAGGGGCCACCACACUCUUCCCCUUCGAGAACUAUACGCUCGACACAGCCGAUUUCUUCUUCAACUGCUGUGACUGCUGCCUGCCUGCCGUGGGGCCCUGGGGGCAGCCAGGGGAGCAGGGACCCCCAGGUCCCAAGGGGGAGAAGGGAGAUGCUGGUCUGCAAGGUCUGCCGGGAACUGCAGGUCCUCAAGGUCCAAAAGGUUCUAAAGGAGAAAGAGGAGGCAAGGGGGAGCAAGGUGAACGAGGAGUAAGUGGAAACCCUGGUUAUCCAGGCAAACCUGGGCUGCAAGGUGAAGCUGGAGUAAAAGGCAAUAAGGGCAACUACGGCUUCCCUGGACUAAAGGGACAAAAGGGGUCCAAAGGGGACACUUGUGAGAACGGGACCAAAGGAGACAAGGGAGAUAGAGGGGAUGUUGGAGACCCGGGAGUGGACGGAGAACGGGGUGACAAAGGGGAAAAGGGAGACACAGGGGAGAAGGGGUACUGCGGGGAGCCAGGGGGGAGAGGUGCGAAGGGAGAAAGAGGGGAAGGGGGGACAAAAGGAGAAAAAGGGAGCAAAGGGGAGAUGGGGGUUGAGGGUAUUCAGGGGGUGGAUGGAAAACAGGGAGAAAAGGGCGAGCAAGGAAGUAAGGGUGAAAAAGGGGACCUGGGACCUGCUGGUGUGACGGGACCUUCUGGGCCCAAAGGGGCUGCCGGCAGCAAGGGGGGCCGAGGGGCACCAGGAAAGAAAGGCUCCCGUGGGGCAAAGGGUGCCCGAGGGGACACCGCAAAGCUCCUGCGAUCAGCGUUCAGUGCUGGCUUGUCCAAGCCCUUCCCUCCGCCCAACGUCCCCAUUAGAUUUGACAAGAUCUUGUACAAUGACCAAGAAGAUUACAACCCUUCCACUGGGAAAUUCAACUGCAGUGUGCCCGGGGCGUACGUCUUCGCCUACCACCUGACAGUGAGAGGGCGUCCAGCCCGCAUCAGCCUUGUCGCCCGCAGCAGGAAGGUGGCCAAAGCCCGCGAGACACUCUACGGCCAGGAGAUCGACCAGGCGUCCUUCCUGACCAUCCUGAAGCUGAGCGCGGGUGACCAGGUGUGGCUGGAGGUUGCACGGGACUGGAACGGGGUCUACGUCAGUGCUGAGGAUGACAGCGUCUUCACGGGGUUUCUUCUGUAUCCAGAUGUUUUUGAGAUCCUGCUAUAG